UGGGGUGCCCCAUAGCGGUGAUGUGGGUGCCCCAUAUUCUCUGUGUCCAGGAUCUCCCCCUGGGGCUGAUGGACGACAUCUACGAGUUCGUCAAGAACUUUUCCCUGCGGGUGGACGAGGUGGAAGAGAUGUUGACCAACAACCGCAUCUGGAAGAACCGAACCAUCGACAUCGGGGUCAUCCCGGCCGAGGAGGCUCUGAAUUAUGGGUUCAGUGGGGUGAUGCUGCGCGGCUCCGGGAUCCACUGGGACCUUCGCAAAACGCAGCCCUACGACGUGUACGACCAGGUGGAGUUCGACGUCCCCAUCGGAUCCCGCGGGGACUGUACUCCCCAUUCGCACACAGUUCACCCGAUCUCAGUGCUGUUUGCUGAGAUCACGCGCCUGUUGAACCACAUCAUGGCGCUACCUGUGCCGGUGGAGGAGAUGCGUCAGUCCCUGCGCAUCAUCCUGCAGUGCCUCAAUAAGAUGCCGGAGGGGGAAAUCAAGGUGGACGACGCCAAGAUCUCCCCUCCUAAAAGGGCAGAAAUGAAGACGUCCAUGGAGUCCCUCAUCCAUCACUUCAAGCUGUACACCGAGGGUUACCAGGUGCCCCCCGGAGCCACGUACACGGCCAUCGAAGCCCCCAAGGGUGAGUUCGGCGUCUACCUGGUGUCCGAUGGCAGCAGCCGCCCCUAUCGCUGCAAGAUCAAAGCGCCCGGCUUCGCUCACCUGGUAGGGGGAGAUUUGGGGGGGGGGUCCCACAUGAGGCCCCAUAUGAGGCCCAUUGCCAGGGGGGUCUCUAUAGGGUCUCUAUAUGGUCUCUAUAGGGUCCCUAUAGGGUCUCUAUGGGGCUGAGCGCUGCCCCAAACCCUGAGCCACAACGUGAAGCUGUUCAGCCCCCGCUCUCAUUUCCUUUCUCUGACCACUUCCUCACGUCGCAGCGGGGCUGAAUGUGGGGCUGACAAUGUGGGGCUGAUU